AUGGAGUUUGCACUGAGAAGUCAAAAAGCUAGAAGUGCAUCCAAUUUUGAUCCAAUGGCUAACAAGCCUACGGAAGCGGAGACUUUCUAUUCAAAUCACAUGAUAGCGAGACCACUGGCGCUUAAAAGCAAGGAGUAUAUCGAAACGUCCACAAAUCGCUCGGAAGGUGAGGGAUCUCCAGGGGAGGCGUGGACAGCGGGCGGACAUCGGUUGCCAAAGAAACUCCGCACCGGCCGAGCGCCAGAAAUGCAUUCUACAAAUUCUCACAGAAUUACUCCGGGCUUGGAAUCGUUCGGAAGCGGGGCAACCGACCCCGGAAAACGAAACAACCUUGUUUCCCUGCCAAGUAAAAGGCAGAUGAAUGAUUCUCGCGGUGUGAGCAGUCCGCAAUUAACGACCUCUGCCGUCGGUUCUGGCGACCCCCUGAAAGCGCCCCCUGCCGGCCAAGCCUAUGCAAUGCCAGCCCAGGUCUCGGGAAAACGCAGCGCAUUUCGGGAAGUGCCCAAACGUCACAAGAUGCCUGCCCAGGGCCCACAGACAUGCGCAAACGCAACACAGCUGAGACCACGUGAUGGGAGAGCGUCACAAGUGGAGAGGCUUAGAAAUGACUUUAAUUUCUCCAGAUCGGAAAUGGCAGUGUCCAAGCAGUUUGUACCUAAUCAGCCGUUCUAUGACACUCAACACUUACUAACAAUGCAUUCUGCAUCCAGCAUACCUCACCAACACUGCAGCGGGAUGGCACGCGGCAAGGAAUCCCCUGCAUCAUCUUUUCAUCCCCUGAAUCGUCGGCCACCAGUGGCGGAUUUCCAAAACCACGCACCAGGGUGUGACCUGCUGAAAAAUAUGAAAAGCAACUCGGGUCUGUGCAAGGAAACAUUUGCCAUGCAGUUUGGCUCCUUUCAAAAUGGCGCCCACGCCGAGCAGUUUUCUCCCUUGCCGUUCGCAUGGCAGCAGCCGCUGGUGCCCACCAGUGUUUUACCGCUGUCACCCAGCGUGCCCGGUCGUCAGUACGACAAUUGGUGCGCCAAGUGUAACGCCAGUUUCCGGAUGACCAGCGAUCUGGUGUACCACAUGAGGACGCAGCACAAGCGGUCCUCGGACGGGAUCCCCAGAGGGGGCGCUGCAAACACCUCGUCCACAUCCGGGAUAUCGGCUGACGGUUUUCGCGGGAAGCGAGCCGAAGAGAAGCUCAAGUGUGAGCGUUGCGGUGAGACCUUCCGAGAGCGCCACCAUUUGACGAGGCACAUGACAUCCCACAACUCGGAUCAUGAAUAG